UGUACGACGUGAAAAUAGUGUAUUCAAAGCUCGCUUAUUGGUAGAUAGAAGUCAUAAACGCCAGUACCGAAGAUGAGAAGCGACAUAUGAUAGUGUCAGCAUGCUUCCCCGGUCAGCCCGCAGUUUCGUUCGGGUCGAAUUUACCAAUUAUUAUCGCAAUCUAUUUAAGGUAAUUUCUUGUGCGACAUAAGGCAACGACAUAUAUAGAGAACCGUGUCCUGUGUUUCCUACGGCUAGAGUAGUAUAUAAGGAGACAUGUGGCUCAUCGACACCGAAACGUUAAAACUCGUAAAUAUCACGAAUCCCUGGAAGGGCAGCUACGCUAUACUAUCACACACCUGGGACGAUGAACAGAUCACUUUCCAGAACUUCUCGGACCUUACGAAGGCCCGUAAAAUACGCGGAUUCACCAAGAUCGAGAAGACUUGCCAGUUAGCCAGGGAAAAACACAUGUUGCAAUAUGCCUGGGUAGAUACUUGCUGUAUCGACAAAACCAGCAGCGCUGAGUUAUCCGAGGCCAUCAAUUCGAUGUUCAGAUGGUACCAAGCAGCAGCUGUAUGUUUUGUCUACCUCUCGGAUUUGCCUCCUAAUCCACCCGGGAUUUCCCAUGGUCCCGGAGAGGGUAUCCCGGGUACCAAAGGCUUCACUCAUGCGCAGCUAGAAAGAUGCAAAUGGUUCCGAAGAGGUUGGACGCUCCAAGAGAUUCUCGCGCCGAGAAAUGUCGAGUUCUAUGACGCAGAUUGGGGUUUCAUCGAGACUAAAGACUCGUGGCUCCUUGAACCUUUAUCCGAGAUCACCGGAAUCAAUACUGCCUGCCUGAGGCACGGUUCCCAGAUCUGGGACCAGCCCAUCGGUACACGGAUGCAAUGGGCUGCCGAUCGACAAACCACUCGACCAGAGGAUACGGCUUAUUGUCUACUCGGAAUUUUCGAGAUCAAUAUGCCUUUAUUAUAUGGAGAGGGAAGCAAGGCCUUCCUUCGACUUCAGGAGGAGAUAUGCAAGCAGAGUAACGACUUAACCCUAUUCGCAUGGACAACGCAACCUGGUCACGCCUUUUCUUUAUUUGACAAAUAUCGUGGUAUAUUUGCCAUGCACCCGUGCGAAUUUGCAGUAUUCCGCGGAAGAGGGCGACAGCCUAGUGAAGUCACAUUCCGCGGCGAGCUCGCCGUCACAAAUAAAGGUCUUCGUUUUGACGAUGUUCUGCUAUAUAAGUCGGAGCUCGGCUUGAUAUUGCCUGUGGAUUGCAUAGGGCCAGACCCUAAAGAAGAAGGUCGAGAAGUCUCGUAUGGGAUAUUACUGAUGCUUACUUGGGAUGGAUAUAUACGGAGAGAGCCAGGUGUUCUCGCGGUAUUACCGCGUAAUCGCGUUUCGGAUAUACCACCUCAUCGCAUCUACGUCCAGAAACAAAUGCCUCUAAGCUGGUCCGGCUUUAUACAACCGGAACACCGAUAUUCUGACGCCAUAUUCUUCAAAUUCCAAGGGGAAGUGGAUCCCAUAAUCAUGAAUAAAAUUCUUUGGGUAUAUGCGCUUACAUGUGAGUGGCCUUGAGAUUUUGUUGAUCUGUUGGCUUAGGUCUCCGGCAGGCAAAGAAGGAGAUGAUGGUCCU